GCCCUUCAUCCUUCCUCCUUCCUCCUUCCUCCUUUCCUCUCUCUCAAUUCUUAGGGGUCGUGGCGUAGUUUAAGCAGAGAGGGUGCGCAGGAAAAACUUUUCAACAUUGUUUCAACAUGAUUCAUUAUAAUAGAACUCUGUUUAUAUCUGCUUUGCUUUGCAUUGCGGUUGCGUCGGUUUUGGGUCAAGAUCCUAGUAAUUCUCCUACGUCCACGCCGGCGCCUCCCACGCCACCGGCUUCCACUCCUCCUCCCACUACUCAGCCACCGUCUACGCCGACCACCACUCCACCACCGGCUUCUUCACCUCCUCCCACUUCAUCGCCGGCCCCAGUGACAUCUUCUCCACCCCCAGUUUCAACCCCUCCACCUAGCUCUCCUCCUCCAGCCACUCCUCCGCCUGCUUCUCCCCCUCCCGCCACCCCACCACCUUCUUCUCCCCCACCAGCAUCUCCCCCUCCCGCUACUCCACCACCUGCAACUCCUCCUCCAGCUACCCCACCGCCUGCUCCCUUGGCUUCUCCUCCGGCAACAGUCCCGGUUACGUCUCCAGCUACGUCUCCAGUACAAACACCAUUGACCUCCCCACCAGCUCCUCCAACUGAGGCCCCUGCACCUACCCUUGGCGGCGCUUUUUCGCCAGGUCCAUCGGGAACUGACACGAGUGGAGGAGGGCAAAUGCAAAAGAUGGUGGGGAGCUUGGUGUUGGGAUGGGCUACCCUGGGUUUGAUGGUUUGA